GUCCAGCGCCGAGAGCAUCGACGGGUCCCCGCGCAGAGAUGCCUUCGUGAAUAGCCAAGAAUGGACAUUAAGUCGUUCUGUCCCGGAGCUCAAAGUGGGAAUUGUGGGUAACUUGGCCAGUGGCAAGUCAGCCCUGGUGCACCGGUAUCUGACUGGCACCUACGUCCAAGAGGAAUCUCCCGAAGGUGGCAGGUUCAAGAAAGAGAUUGUUGUUGAUGGACAAAGCUAUCUGCUGCUGAUUAGAGAUGAAGGGGGCCCCCCAGAGGCACAGUUUGCCAUGUGGGUGGACGCUGUUAUAUUCGUCUUCAGCUUGGAGGACGAAAUAAGUUUCCAGACUGUCUACCACUACUACAGUCGGAUGGCCAACUACCGGAACACGGGCGAGAUUCCGCUAGUGCUGGUGGGAACCCAGGAUGCCAUCAGUUCCACCAACCCGCGGGUCAUCGACGACGCCAGGGCGCGGAAGCUGUCCAGUGACCUCAAGCGGUGCACGUACUACGAGACGUGCGCCACCUACGGGCUCAACGUGGAGCGCGUCUUCCAGGACGUUGCCCAGAAGAUAGUUGCCACAAGGAAGAAACAGCAGCUGUCCAUAGGACCCUGCAAGUCUUUACCCAACUCCCCAAGCCACUCCUCUGUGUGUUCGGCCCAGGUGUCCGCCGUGCACAUUAGCCAGACAAGUAAUGGAGGGGGCAGUUUAAGCGACUAUUCCUCCUCCGUUCCAUCGACUCCAAGCACCAGCCAGAAAGAACUGCGGAUUGACGUCCCUCCCACCGCCAACACACCAACACCCGUCCGAAAGCAGUCCAAGCGCCGGUCCAACCUUUUCACCUCUCGGAAAGGGAGCGACCCAGACAAAGAGAAGAAAGGCCUGGAGAGCCGUGCGGACAGCAUCGGGAGCGGGCGAGCCAUCCCAAUUAAACAGGGCAUGCUGUUGAAGCGAAGUGGCAAAUCAUUGAAUAAAGAGUGGAAAAAGAAAUACGUCACCCUGUGUGACAAUGGCGUGCUGACCUAUCAUCCAAGUUUACAUGAUUACAUGCAGAACGUUCAUGGUAAAGAGAUUGAUCUUCUGAGAACCACUGUGAAAGUCCCAGGAAAGAGGCCCCCCCGAGCCACGUCGGCCUGCGCGCCCAUCUCCAGCCCUAAAACCAAUGGCCUGUCCAAGGACGUGAGCAGUUUACACAUCUCACCAAAUUCAGGGAAUGUCACUAGUGCAUCUGGGUCUCAGAUGGCAAGCGGCGUCAGCCUGGUCUCCUUCAACAGCCGGCCCGAUGGCAUGCACCAGCGCUCCUACUCAGUCUCCAGUGCCGACCAGUGGAGUGAGGCUACAGUCAUUGCAAACUCGGCCAUCAGCAGUGACACGGGGCUGGGCGACUCCGUGUGCUCCAGCCCCAGCAUCUCCAGCACCACCAGCCCCAAGCUCGACCCGCCCCCCUCCCCUCACGCCAACAGAAAGAAGCACCGGAGGAAGAAAAGUACCAGCAACUUCAAAGCCGACGGGCCCUCGGGCACUGCCGAAGAACAAGAAGAAAACUUUGAGUUUAUCAUUGUGUCCCUGACUGGCCAGACGUGGCACUUUGAAGCCACCACAUACGAAGAACGAGAUGCGUGGGUCCAAGCCAUCGAGAGCCAGAUCCUCGCCAGCUUGCAGUCCUGCGAGAGCAGCAAGAAUAAGUCCCGACUGACGAGCCAGAGUGAGGCCAUGGCCCUGCAGUCGAUCCGAAACAUCCGCGGGAACUCCCACUGCGUGGACUGCGAGACCCAGAAUCCUAACUGGGCCAGUUUGAACUUGGGAGCCCUUAUGUGUAUCGAGUGCUCAGGGAUCCACCGGAAUCUCGGCACCCACCUCUCCCGGGUCCGCUCUCUGGACCUUGAUGACUGGCCCAUUGAGCUCAUCAAGGUGAUGUCGUCCAUCGGGAACGAGCUGGCCAACAGCGUCUGGGAAGAGAGCAGCCAGGGGCGGACGAAGCCGUCCGUAGACUCCACAAGGGAAGAGAAGGAGCGGUGGAUCCGGGCCAAGUACGAGCAGAAGCUCUUCCUGGCCCCACUGUCGUGCACAGAGCUGUCCCUGGGCCAGCACCUGCUACGGGCCACUGCUGACGAGGACCUGCGGACAGUCAUCCUGUUGCUGGCGCAUGGCUCCCGGGACGAGGUGAACGAGACCUGCGGGGAGGGAGACGGCCGCACAGCGCUGCACCUGGCCUGCCGCAAGGGCAACGUGGUCCUGGCGCAACUCCUGAUCUGGUACGGGGUGGACGUCAUGGCCCGGGACGCCCACGGGAACACGGCGCUGGCCUAUGCCCGGCAGGCCUCCAGCCAGGAGUGCGUGGACGUCCUGCUGCAGUACGGCUGCCCCGACGAGCGCUUCGUGCUCAUGGCCACCCCCAACCUGUCCAGGAAAAACAACAACCGGAACAACAGCAGCGGGAGGGUGCCCACCAUCAUCUGAGGACAGCUGCCCGCCAUGCCGGGGAUGCCAGCGGUCACAGCACGUGAGUCCCGUCACGACCCCUCACCCCUCCUGGCGGUCACCUCCCACCCACCCACCCACUGUCACCUCAAAUGAAAUCACAAAACCUGGACAUCCUCAGGGGUGAAGAGGACGCCAGGAAGCUGCAGAGUCGAUUCAUUCUCAUUAACUCCCGACACCACACACAGGAGAGACGACGGGCCUUGGUUCUUUGGUGAUAGCACACGGCACGGGACCCUUGUCCCGGUGUC